AUGGAAGCAAAAUCAAAGGGCAGAGCAUUCGAGCGCGGCUUCCCUGAGGCCGAGAAACUACUUGCAGAAGAUCAAUGGGCGUCUUCGCAGCACUAUACGCCCAGCCAGAAGUCUCAGGCACAUGGCCGCAUGUUCUAUGUUUCGUUCUCUUUGCUUAACAUCACACUUGGGCUGGUCCUAGGAUACUUCUGUGUGCGAUAUUCGCGACUCUCUGUCACCAGUUGGGGCGUCAAUCCGAACACACCAGUGCCUCAGGACAUCUUCACGAUGCGUAAGAAUGUUGCAUUCAGUCCUGAUCGCAGAUACAUGGGCCCAGGGGCUGAAGUCAACUCUCACUGGAAUACCUUGACAGCAAGCUCCGACUCCGUGUAUAUUUCUGACCCGGAGCGUUAUGGACUUCAUGAUGCGGGCAUCCGUGCUCCUAUGUUCAUAUUCGAUGAGCCUCCCGCCUCGGCUGCAUCCUUGGACAAUGUGAAGAACUUCUACGUCCUCAAUACGCUACAUCAACUACAUUGUACAAAUGUGAUCAGACGGAGGUACAAUAUGCUCGUCUACGAUCCGGAUGUAAGCCCGCUGGCCAAGAAUCCCGAGGACGAAGAUUGGAUUGAGCACGUUGAGCACUGUAUCGAAUAUUUGCGAUACUCGAUCACAUGCGCCGACUAUAUGGUCUUGGAGAGUGAUUCUCCGCCUGGAAGUCCGCCAGAGUUCUAUGAGGGAGGCCUGGCUUGGGGCGUCGUGCACUCUUGCAUUAAUUGGGAGCGUCUGAUGCAAUGGCAAAGACAGCAACUAGAGGCGUACAAUCGUACAUGGAAUACUACAGCUUGA